CGGCGAGGACCUGGUUGCCACGGGCACCCACUUCGCGCUCUGCGGGUUUGCCGUGUCGCAAACGCUGGCGGGCAAAAUGAAGAGCGUUGCCCCCGGAGGGCCCGAGCUGUUCAACCCCUACCUGGACGCGCAGUCGGAGGAGCGCAUCGCAUCGGACGUCGUGGUGAUGCUGGAACUGGUCCGCGAGGUGGUGGCCCACGUCCAGGCGGGGCUGGACGGGUUCUGCUGCUACGCGCAAGACUACGUCCGCCCGGGGCUGUGCGUCUGGGAUGUGUACUCGCGAUACUGGCAGGCCCGGACGAAGUGGCUGGACGACCCCACGGAAUUCACGGAGGCCAAGCAGGAGGCGCUGGAGGUGUGCUACGCGCUGCUGAAGAGCGUGACGGCGCGGUCGCGAAACCCCUUUUUGUGGGACGGGCGGUUGGACGUGGUGCGGCGGCACUUGAAGAAAAUCAUGUUCUUCGCGCAGAUGGGCGAGGACGAGGACGCCGAAACGGACGAGGAGCAGGGCGCCGAGGUGCAGGGCAUCACGGGGCCGGUCGAGCGCGACGGCAUCGGCAGCAACGAGGUCACCCGCGAAGUUUUGUUUCUGGACGAGAAUCUGCAGGUGGAGAGCAAGGACCCGCGGAAGGCGAAGACCCAGCUGCGGUACGUGGAGAAAGAGGUGCGGAAAAGCAUCCGCGAGGCGCUGCAGUACCUGUGCUACUACACCUGUUUCCGGGACUUCACCACGCUCUGGUUUCCGGAGUUCGUGCGGCCGGUGUGGGCCCAGGUGAACAGCGACCCGAUUGCGGUGCUGCGGUACUACGACCUGGCGAGCUUGGAAAAGGCCCGCAUGGAACUGUGGCUGGAGGUGCACCACGGCCGUCUACCGCGGAACACCUUCCUGCAGAUGCUGUUCGAGGAGUACCGAAACUUGGACCGCGUGAGUCUCAUCACCCCCUACGACCCGCCGGCGGGCACGGAGGACGAGGGGACGCCGCUGCCGGACUUGAUUGACCACGCGACCGUGCUGCGAUUCACCUCCCGGACCAAGCCUUGGUACCGCGUGGUGCUGCAGUUGCUAGUGCAGCUGGUGUGCGACAAGGUGUGCCGGAACUCCGUGCAGGAGUACUUGACCAUUUUCCUCUACGACGCGCUCUUCGAGAACGCGGACACGUUCGCGGACCCGUGGGACCUGGUCGCGAAGGCGUGGCCGGGGCACUACUGGACCUCGGUUGCGAACCCCCUCGCGGAGCAGGUGUGGUACAUGGAAAACGUCUACCUGUGCGCGGAGUACGCGGAGGCCAUGGUGUUUGAGGGCGGCAGAGGGUCGUUUCGCUCGGAGCACGACUGCUUGGACUUCUCGCGCUUUCUCGUAGUCGACGAGGGCAUCACGUUCGACGUGCUGCGCCGCGGCUUCCCCUUCGACGAGGAGAAUGUGUUUGACGAGCAGACGCGGCACGAGCUCCGGGGCAUCGGGGGGCUGAAGCCGGAGCUGCAGACCCGCGUGCGCGGCCUGCUGCAGACUGCGUUGCACGAGCGGCUGCAGCGGCUCCUGACGAACCUGCCCUUCCGGUGGCUGCGGCUGCAGCGCGCCGUGGACGGGUGCGUCCGCAACCACGGCGUGCCGGGGAUCAGCGUCAGUCUGCUGCGGCCGCUGGACGCCGCGCUGGACGCGAGUCCGCUCGAUGUGGGGAUGAUGGUGCGUCGGAAGGCGCCUCCGCGCUCGGCCGCCGCGUCCGCAAGUAUACCGGAUCAGGUCGCGUUUCAAAGCUUCGCGGACAAAGCUGAACCGUUUAGAAGGCACUACGUGACCACGAGCAAUUUCAUCCCGACGUUGCCAAAAGUUUCCUUCCCCGAGCGGCCCGUGGUGGCCGGGAAAUCCGGGUUUUUGUACCACAGCGCGCGGAAGCACAUGCGGGCGGACACGCUGUUCUCACUCGGCAGUUUCUCGCAGCUUCUUGCCGCGGCCUUCUUCGUGGAAAAGCAACUCUCCCUGGACCGGAGAGAGCUCCCGGAGAAGGUGGCGGAGCAGCUGGAGAGCCUGUUUUACGAAAUCAAGGAAAAGCCGCUGGACGAGAGCGAGGAGGAGGAGGAGCCGCCCCCGCCGCCUCCGCGGUCCCUGUUUGAGUUAUUUGCGAACACGCCGGUGAACGACAUCCUGCGAGCGAUGCGGGCACCGUACGUGCUGCCCGACCUGGCGGGCGCGACCGGGGCGGGGGACCAAGUGCGGCUCCGCGACUUGACGGGCCACGCGGUGCUCAGCGCCGGCCCGCUCGUCGGCCGCGGUCUCAAGGACGACAAACCGUCUGUAUUGGACAUCAUGAGGGGAAAGGCACCGGAGGAACUCGGGUACGACAAGCUAGCAGUCGCCCGGGAACCGCGGGAAGCGUACGAGCCGACGCCGGCGGGCGCACUGGUCCUGCAAUACUUGCUGGAACUCUUCCACUCCCCGGACAAAACAUCGAUGUACGACAUUCUGCGGCCCUGGCUCGCGGAACCGCGCAACAACGUGCGCGAACUGGGCUUCCGGGUCAACAAGGCCCGGAUGAGCGACGAGGUUCCCACCGGCCCGGGGGUCGCGGACGAAAACGACGACGAGAGCGACGCGAUCGAGCCCUACGCGGCGUUGGGGCAUCCGGUAGAUUACGACCCGAGUAAACCGAGCACCGCGAAACGGUUGAUGCUGCAGUACCCGGAGCUUGCGGGUGGCGCGAUUGCGACGCCACUCGCGUUUAGUCGGUUGCUGGCGAACAUGUGCAACGGGUUCGGGAACAGUAUCGUUGAUGAAAAAUCUGCGGCAAUUUCGCACGAGGGCGCGCGAAUGCUGUGGGACAAGCUCCACUUCCAGGAAACUUCCGAGGCCAUGCGCCAGGCCGGGAUCGACGGCGCGACCAGUGGGGCGGUGCUGCUGGCGCGGGGCUUCGAUCGGGUGGACAACGCAAAGUUCGUGAUGCAGCACUUUUCCAACGAGGGUCACUGCGGCCUGUUUCUCCUCUGCAUCCAAGGACCCGAUUCCGGUCGCGGCUGUGUGAUCUGCUGCAACGCGGGCGCGCGGUUAUCCUGUCUGGUCGACGUGGCGGCAACGAUCGUUGAAGAAGAGCACUGGGUGGCCUGCGCAACCUCCGUCUUCAGCUCCAAGUUCGGCUUCGCGGGCCGGAAGCAGAAAGAGCAAGCAGCCGCCGUGGAAGACCACAGUGCUGCAACUUCUGGCAAUACAACAGCGGCAAUUGCAGUAGAGAGCGAGGGAAAGACAAAAGAAGGAAGUGAAGAAACGAAAAAGGAGAAGUUCUCCACCGAUCUAGACGCGAUGGGGGCCGCGGUGCGGGAAGAAGUGUUUACUUUUCAGAAGAAAUUUCAGCAGCGGUUCUUUGGCAAGCUGAUCAGUAAGGAAGUUUGUCCGAUGAAGGCAAAGGACUUUCUUCGCGACGAGCGAAGCAAACACGACCGCGGGCCCAGGAACCAGUUAAUUAUGAUGCACGCCUCUUCAUCACAGCAGCAGGACGAGCGCAGUAGGACCACAGGUGGAGAGAUUUUCACCAACCCAGCGUCUGACUUAAUCAUCGCCGACGCCACUGACGUAGGGACGCUGGGAAAAGUGGAAAACUUGUUUUCUCCCUUCUUUCCAAGCGUCGACUACGAUUCCUGGUGCACGCGCCGACACAACCCGGCGAAGUUUGACUAUGUCAGGUUCGACGUGGAAGGGAAAGACACUCUGUGGAACGCGAGCACGGCCGACACCGCGUCGUGGAUGUUCUUCCUCUCGACGGGAUUUGUAAAAAGUGGAGACUUGCCCGAGCGGGUGUUCCUCUGCGUUUUUGACCAUAAGAAGAAAGAAUACGUGGACUUGCUCCCUCGCGCCCUAGAGCCGGUUGCGAACGCGCAGCACUGGAUGCGGAUUAACGGCAAAAUUCUCUACAACAUCGCGAAGCAGGACUGUCACGAAGGCAGUAACCGCACGAAGUUCGAGUUGCGCAUGUUUCCGGACGGCGGCGUUGCGCGGAUCGCACUGUUUGCAGAAAAGGAUUUGGUUGAGAUAGUUUUAGCGGAUAAAAACGGUACUAAAAACUCCGAUUGGCGAAAUACCGCUGGCGUUGCGGAUGUCCCUGCGUGGAAGGCGUUUCUGCAGAACCCGAAAGCGACUGCCUACACGGAGGCUGAGGCGUCCCCAUAUAGUAGUGCGCAAGACGUCAGGUUGCUGAAGGAUCGAUUGAAAGUGGAACAACUCGAACAGGAGGACGAGGAGCCGGCCGUCGACAUCACCGAUUCGGCCAACGCGUUCCGGAAAAGACGAACGUUCGUCUUGAACCAGCAGCUUUUGACAGCAAAUACACUGGCCCAGAUGAACAAGCGACCACCGGAGCAAGUUGCCGACAUUUUGGUGAAUGUCGCGUCCUCCGAUUUGGGUGCACUGGUGCUGUUUCCAGACUUCGCCCGGCAAGAGAUCGGGAAGCCGGUCAUGCAGGAAUCCUCAACAGCGCUCUUGUCCGACAACGUCCCGGCCCGAUAUUUACCCCUUGUCUCUUACCCGAAAUGCCCCUUCACGCAUGAGCGCGGGAUCCUGUUCCCGCGCCAAAGGAACCAGGCGGUCGGGCAGGGCUCGGUGUUGGUUGUGGUGCUGGCGCGGGACCGGAAUAACGCCACCGACACGGUGCAGCCCGUGACGAUUUCACGCGUUGAGCUGGACUUCUCCCACAGUUUUCAUGAUAUGGCGGAGUUUGUCGAGGUGUUUGCGACGGAUUGGACGGAGGGGGAGGACGGGAAAAUGAAGGAGAAACAGAUGCUGGAACGCGGUCUCAUGCUGUCCCAGGCGGCUUCCGACGCGGGAAACGAGGGACAGGGCGCGCGGCUGCUGCAGGCGGGCCACUUUGAGCGACUCUGCGAAAAGCGAUACGCGAAGUCCUUCGCCGGCUCGACCAUGACUUUUGAGGGGUUUUCCGCCCGGCGGGCCACUCACGUGGCGGUCCGGUUGUGGCCGUGCGGGGCGUUAAACUGCCUGCGGGUGCUGAGUCCCCAGAAGGAAUUUACCCACCGCGUGAAACCAAAGAAGACAUGAGGUCAGACGAUUUAGUUUUUAACGCAACACAGGG